UAGACCGAGUACGCGAGGGAGUUUAGCUAAUAAAGAAUUAGUUUAUAGGAAUUUUCCUAGUGCACAAAUCAUUAUGAUGGAAACCGCAUGUGGCUAAUAAAAAUACAUUUACUCAAGAAAACUCUCGAACGAAGUGCGCAUGCGCGGAGCGCUAAGCGCCUGGAGGCUGGUGUUGGGAGCUAAGCGCAGGUCGCUAGCUGGCUGAGUUAUUACUUGAUUUUAACUAGCAGUCGACACACAGUUUUCCAGCUUCGCAAACCGAACCUCCCUUCAGGGACUAUGAAGAUAGCCGUGGAGGGCUGCUGCCACGGCGAGCUGGACCAGGUCUACGCGACGGUGGCGCACCUGGAGCGCAGGGAGGGCGUGAAGGUGGAGCUGCUGCUGUGCUGCGGCGACUUCCAGGCCGUGCGCAACGAGGGGGACCUGGGGUGCAUGGCGGUGCCGCCCCGGUACAGACACAUGCAGACGUUUUACAGGUACUAUUCUGGAGAGAAGAAGGCGCCCGUCUUGACCAUUUUCAUCGGUGGAAACCAUGAAGCUUCUAACCAUUUGCAAGAAUUACCCUAUGGAGGCUGGGUGGCCCCUAAUAUAUACUAUCUGGGUUAUGCAGGCGUUGUUCGCUACAAAGGAAUAAGGAUCGGUGGCCUCUCUGGAAUUUUCAAAUCCCAUGAUUACAGAAAAGGACACUAUGAGUUUCCACCAUACAACCCAGAAACUCUGCGCAGUGCCUACCACAUCAGGAACAGUGAUGUCUUUAAGCUAAAACAAAUCCAGAUGCCCAUGGAUGUGUUCCUGACGCACGACUGGCCGCGGGGGAUCUACCACUACGGAAGCACAAAGCAGCUGCUGCAGAAGAAGCGCUUCCUGCGCGAGGAGGUGGAGGCUGGCACGCUGGGCAGCCCUGCUGCUGCUGAGCUCCUCCAGCAUCUGCAGCCCAGCUACUGGUUCUCCGCCCACUUGCACGUCAAGUUCGCUGCCUUCAUGCAGCACGAGGCCAAGGGAAAUGCCGCUCCUAAGACCACCAAGUUCCUCUCUCUAGACAAGUGUCUGCCUUACAGAGACUUCCUUCAGAUAGUGGACAUACCAGAGAGGCCUGGCUCCUCUGACCAGUUGGAGUAUGACCCGGAGUGGCUGGCCAUCCUCAAGGCCACUGAUCACCUUCAGAAGCCCUUACCCAACAUCUGGCACCCUCCAGAGAAUAACGGCCUUCACUCUCGGUGGGACUACAGUGCCUCAGAAGAGGCCAUGAUGGAGGUGGUUGGCGACUUGAAUGGCGAGCUCAACAUCCCUGAGAACUUCAGCAUGACCGUGCCUGCGUAUGACCCCUCCUGCCCUCAGCCCCACGCCCUCCCAACCUACUCCACCAACCCCCAGACCACAGAGCUGUGCGCCACCCUCCGCCUGACGGAUAUCUAUGCCCUGGCUGGCCAGGCGGGGCACAUCCCGCCGGCGGGGGCUUCGGAGGAGGGGGCCACCGAAGAGGAGGAGGACGAGGACAACGGGAGCACAGGUAGCACGGACGAGCCCAGCGAAUACCCAACUGACACCUCGGCCCUCUCCAGCUCUUUUAACCCUGACGAGAUCACCAUUGAAGAUGAGUGGGAGGAGAAUGAGGGGGAGCAGGGAGAGGAGGAAGAGGAGAAAGGGACAGACGCCGUGGUGCCCGAGGCUGUGGUCGGCGCUUCGGACGGCGCUCCGGACAGCGCUCCGGACAGCGACCGGGACAGCAGCCCAGUUCGACAGGCGACGGGCAGACUCUCCUUACCGCCCCCUCGCCUAGAGGCCGAGGCAGAUGGAUUUCCUCCGGCGUCCGGCUCCGUGCCCUCCUCCGGUGGUCUCUCCCAGACGAGCUCGGAGGAAGAGGGUGGAGCCCAUCCAGCCAGAGUCCCCAAGCGUUGUAGUGGAGAGGCCAAGGGGGCAAACAGUCCCACAGGGGCCACCCCCAGAAUCAAGCGACGGAACCAGGCCAUCUACACAGCGGCGGAAGACGAGGAGAGCUAGGGGUAGAUGUCAGCUUCUGGGGAAAACAUGACGUGGAAAACAUUCUUCUUUUUUUUUUAUUUGAUUGGAUCAAGUUCUUUCAUUUAUUUGUUACAGCGCCCAGCCUCAUCAGUUUUUAGUGUAUUUUUAAAAAAGAAUUUAAGAACAUUUACCAUGAAGCUCAGAAGGUUUGCCAUUAUCAAUAGUGAACACCACUUUGAUUUUGCUCCUGCCACGUUCUUGUGUCUUCAGAUGCUUGAAACGUAUUCUCAGUUGGUGAAGAUGGCUUUAUUAGUUAUGAUAAAUAUCUGGCAAUUGGUGACCAUUUGACCAUUAGUGUGUUUCCUUUUUUAAAAACAUUAUGUGUAUAUUAUGACACUUUCAAUUUCAGGAGUCUGCUGUUAUAUUAAAAAGAACAAAAGCUAUCCAGUAUGAUUUCUCUCAUAUUACAGCAGAUCUCUGCUUAUGAAGAAGUCAGUUGAGCAUCAGCUUCCUGAGGGUCGAGGUAACACUAGCAAUGGGAACAAUUGAGUGUUGGUUUGUUUUUGUUUGUUUUUUUAUCUUCAUACUGCCUUGCAUUUUUAUAGGAUUGUGCAUACAAGUAUAAAAUUUGGGAUUUCUUUUUACUCAAAUCCAGUAUGUGAGUCUUCAAAUCUAAUGAAAUUUGUGAAAUCUAAUACAAUUAGAAGCUAAAUUCUUAUUAAACUUUGGGUGAUGACUUCAGGAAAUAUGUGACAUGCAGGUCACGUUCAUGUAGUCUUGGCUUUCAAUAACGUACUGUCUACUUAAUGGACUAGUGGACCGUAUUUGCACAAAAAUGCUCAUUAGGCAAGCUCGUGGGAGUCUGUUAGCAUUUUGCAAACUAAUAAACUAACACCUAAACUUUAGUUUAAACUAAUGCUCACUGGCUGUGUGGAGUGAAGCGAGAACCUUGGAGAUCAAGAAACAAACUCAAUAUUUUCCAUUCAUAGCAGAAUAGCACAGGUUUAUUUAACUUUUCCGUUUACAGAAGUGUUAACAGGAGAUCAAAUCUAUAGCACAAAACCCAAAAUGAUUGUGAGAGACAUGACAAAUUAUUUUAACACAGCUGAUGUAUCAUUACCUAAAUCACCAUGAAGUAUUGGCAAUCCAUAAGGUUAUUAGCUUAAACCAAUUUUGGAUUCAAACUUGAUAGAAUCCUUUUUAAAACACAUAAACUGACAACAGACAGCAUCCAUAAAACAAGACAUUUUAAAGGACCUUUCAUCAACAUACAAAUGUGCUGCAGGUUAUUGAUACACUUCAGAUCAAGGUCUCAGAAACGCUAUGCAUUAGGCCAGAGGAUCCCCAACCAUUUUAAUAACCCAUCUAGUCCAUGUUUUUUUGCUCUCUCCCAGCUUCCAAUACACUCAAAACAAAUAACACAGAUGUAGGGCAUUAUUUUUCAGCCCAGUCCUUGGGGAGCCACAGACAGCCCACAUUUUGUUGACUGUGCCUUCAGGAAUCCAUACAUCCUGCUACAGUUGGGUCGGGAGCUGCGACAGGGCAAAAACUUCGACUGUCUGGGCCUCGAAGACUAGGUUGGAAAACAGGACAGUGGGAGACUGACGCCUGGUACUUUACAGGCUGCAAAAGAAGCGUGACUGGGCUCCUGGUUCUUAAGGACCGGGCUAGGAAGCCCUGCUUCGGACAAGCCUUCAACUCAAAUGCGCCAUGAGCGAGCCCAAAAUGAAAAACACUGAAAAAGCAGAGAGUAGGCACUUCUGUUUUGUCCAACCUUACUGGGACAUUUAAGGUGGGCAAAACUCCCCUCGCCCCCACUUUCCUCUGCAGUGCAUCACGCAGCAUUAGAUUUUUAGUAAUAUGCAUUGAAAGCGAUUGAUUGCUUUUAUUUUUUAUUUUUACUGUUGCUUUAAGACACACAGCACAAGAAGACCGGUUCUAUGUAACCUCUGCACUCAGAAAUGUCAAGAAGCAAAAGUAAAA